AUGCACAAUGGCGAGGGGGGGACUGGCGCGGGACGUCUUGCCCAUUUCAAAGAAAUAGGAAAGUGUCAAGUAGUUAAAGCUGGACUAAUGGCGUCGUCUGGACUCGAUCCUAUCGACGUGGACAGCAUAAUCGAGAAGUUACUGAGUGUGCGCGGCGCGCGCCCCGGUAAGCAGGUAAACCUCACAGAAACCGAAAUUCGUGGCUUGUGUCUACACGCGCGGGAAGUUUUUCUUGCGCAGCCUAUUCUGGUGGAGCUAGAGGCUCCGAUAAAGAUUUGUGGUGACAUCCAUGGGCAAUACUACGAUUUGCUGCGCCUCUUCGAGUACGGUGGUUUUCCUCCAGAUGCCAAUUAUUUGUUUCUUGGAGACUAUGUGGACCGUGGCAAACAGAGUCUGGAGACCAUCUGCCUGCUGCUCGCGUAUAAGAUUAAGUAUCCCGAAAACUUCUUCAUCCUUCGUGGCAAUCACGAGUGUGCCUCAAUCAAUCGAAUUUACGGCUUUUAUGACGAAUGCAAGCGCCGUUACAAUAUCAAACUCUGGAAGACGUUUACAGACUGCUUUAAUUGUCUGCCUGUGGCCGCUAUCGUAGAUGAGAAAAUUUUCUGCAUGCACGGCGGUCUGUCUCCAGAACUUAGCCAAAUGGAGCAGAUUAAGCGCUUCGUGCGUCCCACAGAUGUACCCGACACGGGUCUACUCUGCGACUUGCUGUGGUCUGACCCCGACAAAGACAUCAUGGGCUGGGGUGAGAAUGACCGUGGUGUCUCUUUCACAUUUGGUCCGGAUAUCGUGAGCCAAUUUCUUAAGCGCCAUGAUCUUGACUUGAUCUGUCGUGCCCAUCAGGUGGUAGAGGAUGGCUAUGAAUUUUUUGCCAAGCGCCAGUUGGUUACGCUGUUCUCAGCACCAAAUUACUGUGGCGAAUUUGACAACGCUGGUGCUAUGAUGUCAGUAGACGAGACGCUCAUGUGCUCGUUUCAGAUCUUGAAGCCGGCUGAAAAGAAACAGCGCUACGCUUACAAUGGCCUGGGCACACAGCGUCCCGCAACGCCGCCUCGAAAGUAA